CUAACUACACUUACUGUCCAAUGAACCUAACCAAUAAACAAUAUCUGUUUAACAUUACAACUACUAAUAAAGCUGGGAAUGGAUCUACUAGUAACAUAACUGUUGGAUUUCAAUCAACAAUAGAUGUAGAGUUAUAUGUAACUGAUAAGGAAAGAGGGAAUGCAAAUUGGACUUUUCAUUUCAUUGUAUCUGUUCAUCAGUUUUGUACUAAUGUACCACCACUAAUGAACAUUACAUUGAAAGGAUGUACUAAGGAUAACUGUUAUUCAACAACAAAUGUAUCCAUAAGCAAUAGUUCUUAUAAUAACAUUUCACUUGUUGUUCAAUUUCCAUCAAAUAAGACACUGAAUACUAAUGCUACCUUGUACUAUCAAAAUGGAGUUACAGUUCAAAGCAACACUAUAACAAUCAGUACUCAUGAUCUUCAGGAAUUCACAUUGAUUAAUAUCACAUCAAAUUCUGCUUGUCUUCAGUUUGAGUAUGUCAGUGGCAGUACACCUUAUAUUGAUGUAAUUCUGCUUGCUGAUGAUGUAGACUAUAUUAUUGAUGGUUUCAAUAUAUCUCCUAAUGAUGAGUUGAACUUUAUUCAGUGUAUUACUAACAUACCAGCUGGUGAUAACUUAACACUGUAUGCAUGUGAAUGGGCAACCACAUAUACUUGUCAAUCUAACCCUCCUGCUGUAAUAACUGGUAUUAAUAUUACUAAUGACUUUACAUCUUCAGUUCUAAUGUCAUCAGUUCAUUCAUCAUCAGUAUCACUCACGUCAACA